AUGGGGCAUUUAAGUAGCCCGCUUUCGUCAAGGGAAGCAACGUGCAGUUGGUGGUUGUCUUUUGUUUCUCCAGUUGGAGAACCAUCUGAACUAGCCCCUGCUGUUUUUCCAUGCUUAUCCUCUUGGGGCGAGGAAGAAAUUAGUGAGAGAGAAAAGCAAGAGCGAGAGCUCUGUGGUUAUGGCUCUGGAGAGGUGGUUUGCAAGGAGAGAGACAUUGGAAUGGGACCAUUGGGUUAUAGGACCCAAGCUGACAGCAACCCACUGAUAAUAAGGUUAUUUGGGGAUGAGUAUUGCCCUCAACUGGGUCAAGAUUUGCAUCAGGAUGGUGAAGAUCAUCCUUAUGGGGGUAUUAUUACAGCAGAGAAUAUGCCAAUGAUAUGGAACAGGUGA